UUAAUCUCUUGAUUUAACAAGUUUCGUUUCAGGAAUGUGGCUGUAAAUCACUUGGGGGAAGCUUCAGACAGUAUAAAGCACAGUGAUUCAGCUUAGGUUACACUAGCAGGGUGAAGUUUAGGAGAUCCCUCCUUUCCCUCCCAGGCCCAGCUGUUUUCACAUUUCUUUAUUUAAAUCUUCAUGAUACCUUACCCCUUGCGCAGCUGCCUGCUCUCUUUCUCUUUCUCUUUCUUCUCUAAAGGAAAAAAGGAGAUUUACAAAGCUAAAAGAGAAGUGUUUUAAUGCCCAACAACCGCCUUUAACCCUUCUCUUUCUUAUAUCUUGUAGCAGAGGUUUCCUUUUGCCUGUUCACAACUAGAAGGAAAAGUUCCAGCUUCUCUCUCUUCUCUCUCUCGCUGUUGCUGGCUUUCACAGUUCAGUUUCUUAGAUCUUUUCAAUCUUCAACCUUCUUCUCUUGCUUUAAGGAUGAAUAAACAAGAAGUCAUGAAGAUGCAGACAUGGGUUCUCAAAGUGAAUAUACAGUGUAGUUGUGAUGGCUGUAAGCAGAAAAUAAAGAAACUAUUACAGAAAAUUGAUGGGGUGUAUUCUACUAGUAUUAAUGCAGAGCAAGGGAAGGUAACAGUGGCAGGAAAUGUUGAUCCUGCUAUACUUAUCAGGAAGCUUGAGAAGUCAGGGAAACAUGCACAGCUAUGGGGGGCUCAAAAGGGUUCAAACAAUUUCCCAAACCAACUCACCAACCAGUUCAAGAACUUGCAUCUGGACGGUGGCAAAGGUGGGAAGGACAACAAAUCUCAAAAGGGUGGUGGGAAUAACCAGCAAAAAGGUGGGCAGCAGCUUAUGCAACAAAUGAAAGGGUCUAAAGACCAGAAAUCUGUCAAGUUCCACUUGCCUGAGGAUGAUUUAGAUUAUUCUGAUGAUGAUUAUGAUGAGUUUGGUGAUGAGUUCGAUGAUGAAUUUGAUGAUGAGUUUGAUGAUGAUGAGGAGGAAUUCGGCCAUGGCCAUGGCCAUCAUAUGCAAAACAAGAUGGUACUUGAUGGAAAGGGCCAUGGGCCAUACGGACCCAAUGGCAUGAUAAAUGGUACAGUCAUGAAUGGUAAAAAGGUGUGGGGUGGGGAUAAUGGCAAGAAAGGAGGAGUCAUUGAUCUACCUAUAGGAAUUAAAGGCAUGGGGGAAAACAAAGACGGGAAGCAUGGUAAUGGAGGAAAGAAAGGAGGUGAAAGAACAAAGGAGGGAAGCAGGGCAAAGGGGGAGGAGAUAAAAAUGGAAAUCCUUACAAUCAACAUACCUGGCCAUGAUGAUGAACCAAACAGCGUGCAAAUGGGAAUGGAGUAUGCACCGAUGAUGUAUGCACAACAGUAUCCCUAUGCAAACUAUGGGCCACCUCCAAUGCAUGCUGCAAAUUCUGAAUCUUAUGCUCAUUUCUUUAGUGAUGAGAACACAAACAGCUGCAGUAUCAUGUAAAAUUUUCCUCCUAGAUUAGUGAUGUUUUUCCAUUUUCUCCUUGGUUAUUGCUUCUCUAGGUUGCUUUAUACAAGCUUGCAAGGUUCAUGAAGACAUUGGCUUAUGUUUCUUGCCAAGAGGAAAUUUUUCUUCCUGUAUAAUCAAAUCCUUCAAAACUCUUCUUUCUCUC